CCUUGAUUACUCAAAUAGGACUAGCGUCAGCUCACACGACAGAGCGAUCCCGUGACUCGGCGAGACAAUUUCUCUUUUCCUCUCCCCGUAAAUUUGGCCGCACGCCUUCCGAGCCUCGCCCUAUUGACGCAGCGUGGAUUGUUAUUUUCUCGGCUUUUCAUUUGUUUUUCAGUCAUUCGCACAAUCGCCCAGAUGAAGAGGGUACAGCUCCAACGAUGGAGCAGUACAGUCCUUUCGACACGGGCUCGGACUGCUAGCCGGCUGCAUCAACAGAUGUUUGCUACUGGAUCGCGGUGCCAAUCGACGGCAUCUCCUCUGCAGGCUGAAGCUAGCGCUCAAGGAGGCCUUGGAGACGCUGGGUUUGAAGAUGUGGAGUUGAUGAAGCACGUCAAAAGUGCCCACAGGCGCAAGGAUAUGCUCAAAUAUCCCUCUCCUCCGGCGGAUGCCGCGCUCAAUUCCGCCAAACUCGCUGCUCUUCACGCUCGACUCUACCUUCCCUCCCGAUUACCCCCUCAGACACUUGCACGAGCAUUGGUCGAUGCCUCCGCUGAUUCCAAUCCCGAUUUCAACAACGAAUCGCUGGCCACGCUUGGUCACGACCUCCUCACCUACUACACCACCGAGCACCUCCUUUGCACCUACCCCCGCCUUCCCUUGACUGUCAUCUUUGCCGCCAUGUACGCCUACGCCGGCCCUAAAACACUCGCUGCGAUGGCCAGAGAAUGGGGUGUGGAACAUGCUUCAUUGCCUGGUGGAGAAGUCGAUCCCGGUCUGCUGCAGUUCCGUAGGGUCGCACCCGGCAGCGACUUGAAUGUCCUUUAUAACAACCGCACACCUCGCCCAUAUGCUGCACAGAAGGCGUGGAGGAUGACGGUGACAUCGAAGAUUUUCUACGAUGACGAGUUUGGUGACGCGAUCCAGGGACCACCAACCUCGGGUGAGGGUGUUACCGCUGAGCUCGCCAGUGCCACCUUCGUCCGCGCCGUGAUGGGUGCCAUCUACCUCCACGCUGGCCGUCCGGCAGCCAAGCGCUUCUUCGAGCAGCACUUCCUCUCCCGACACCUCAACAUUUCCCAGCUUUUCAACUUCUCCCAGCCCGCCCGUGACUUGGCUCGUCUGUGUGCCCGCGAAAACUUCGAGCCUCCAGUUGCUAGAAUUAUCAGUGAGACUGGUCGCAAGAGCAGACAUCCCGUCUUUGUGGUUGGUAUCUUCUCUGGCCAGGACAAGCUGGGCGAGGGCGCUGGCGCCAGCCUGAUCGAGGCCCGAGAGCGCGCGGCUCUCGCUGCUCUGAAGGGAUGGUAUCUCUACAGCCCGCUCAACGUGCGCGUGCCCAGCUCCAUGGAGGAAGAAGGUGCUGCGCCUUGGAAGCCCGUCUAUGUUGACCUGGGUGAGGUCAUCGUCUAAUACGUGCUCUGGACUUGGACGCCCAAGUUGUCAUCUUCCAUCAUGUCUUGUUUAUUACUGACCUUUUUAUUUCCAUUUUUCUCGGUGCUGUGGUUUCGCAUGGGAAGCAGGCCAGUGGGAAAAAAUAAGAGUCAUUGCUUCCUGUCUUUUGCAUGACUGGAUACUGUAUAGUAUGGGAAUUUUGUUCCUUCGUUUCAUCUGGUGUCUUUUUGUUUACAGGAUCUUUUAUUUCUUACCUCAUUUUCUUUUCCCCGAUCAUUGUUUUCUUCGUCUCAUGUUUUUGGCUACGCCCCCCGCUCUUCUCCAGCGAAAUUUGGUUAACAUCGGGCUUCGACGUCGCGUGUCCCGGCAUUGGUGUAUAGAGGUGCCUCUAUCAAAUGUAUUCUAAAAACAAAAUCACAUUCCAGACAUACCCAUUCAUUGCUUCUGCCGAUAAUGACCGAGGC